GGCGUGGCUCCAGGGGUGGAGUAUAUCAGGCGGGACUCAGGCGCUCCCCCUCGCACUCGCGCGUUAGGAAGCUUGGGUGUGUGACGCGCUGUCUUCCCGCCCGCGUCAGGGACCUGCCCGACUCAGCGAAAGGCUAAGAAUACGCUAUCUGGCUUCAGUUUCUGGAGGGGUGGUGGUUAAGGCCAAGCAAGCAUCUGUAGUGUGUGCACAGGCUGCCAUGGCAUCAGAUGAAGGCAAGCUUUUCGUGGGAGGUCUCAGCUUCGACACCAAUGAGCAGGCGCUGGAGCAGGUCUUCUCCAAGUAUGGGCAGAUCUCGGAAGUGGUGGUGGUAAAGGACAGGGAGACUCAACGAUCCCGAGGCUUCGGGUUUGUCACCUUUGAAAAUAUCGAUGACGCUAAGGAUGCCAUGAUGGCUAUGAAUGGGAAGUCUGUGGAUGGGAGGCAGAUCCGAGUUGACCAGGCUGGCAAGUCUUCUGAUAACCGGUCCCGAGGAUACCGGGGUGGCUCUGCUGGAGGCCGUGGCUUCUUCCGUGGGGGACGCAGCCGGGGCCGAGGGUUCUCCAGAGGAGGAGGAGACCGGGGCUAUGGAGGUGGCCGCUUUGAGUCCCGGAGUGGUGGUUAUGGAGGCUCCAGAGACUACUAUGCCAGCCGGAGUCAGGGUGGCAGCUAUGGCUAUCGGAGCUCCGGUGGGUCCUACAGAGACAGCUACGACAGCUAUGGUAAGUCUGGCUCCAAGGGCGCCACCUGAGUGGCUGUGGUUGGGCUCGGUGAACCCUUGUGUCCUCAGAGCAUCUCAGGGCACAGCUACCAGGCCUGCCGCACAGGACAGGGCGCCAGGUGCAUGAAACCCUGUGCCGUCUCCCACGCGCGGGUGGAGCACAAGCUCCAGUGACUUUAUACUGUCCCGCUUCUGUCCUCAGCUACACACAACGAGUAAAAGCCCUCUGCGUCCAGAUCGUCCUUCCAUGGCUGUAAUAAGAUGGGGGAGCUUCGCUGAACGUUGUGUAGUGAGCACCUUGUUACCACUUUUGUAGUCCUUUCGGUUCUGACCCAUCAGCAGCCUGCUUCUGACCGAGAUGGCCUCGUGACUAGACCUGUUUUUAAGGAAGCGCUGUCUGUUUUUAAGCAUUCUUAAAAAUGUUUUGGAAAGCACUUCAGAUUUUACUGUUUACCAUGAGCCAUGGGUAUUUGUGGGGGUUUUUUUGUUAUUUUUUUGUUUUUGUUUUUUUCCCUAAAUUGUCGGGUUGUGUGGGUUUUCGUUACUCGUUUUUGUUUUUUGAGGUUUUUUGGUUUUCUUUUUUUCUUUUUUUUCUUUUUCUUUUUUUUUUCUUUCUUUUUUUUUUUUUUUUUUUUUUGGUGUGGUUGCCCAUGAAGUCUGGGGCCCCACCCCUCCUGAGAUGGAAUGGACUCGAUUUGAGCAAGCCAUAGCCCUCCAGCUCCCCAGCCCUGUUGCGGAGUGCAGCAGGUCCUGCCCAUCGGGCACAUGUCUCAAGCCCGCAGGGAGCACAGCAGUCCGGGAGGCUGUGGAAAUGUUUAUUUAUAUUGUCCUUUUUUACCGAAGACAUGCAUACUCCAUCGAUGUUGUAUUCACAGUGGCUGAGGAAUUCUUGUACGCAGUUUCUUUGGCUUCACGAAGCCGAUUAAAAGACCGUGUGAAACGAA